AUGGCUUCAUUAGUAUCAGACUCAACAAAAACAAUGGGAUCACCAACUGAAUCAAUACUGAAAACAAAUCAAAACGACACCAAAAAAUCUUCACAUCAAGUAAAUUCCAUAACUUAUUUUAAAUCAUUUAAGGAUUGGUGGGAUAGUCCAAGACAGCUAAUAAUAGACACGAAAACAGAUAAUUCUGUAGAAAAAUUCAAGCAAUCAACUCAUAAUAACAAAUUAAUAGAGUAUGAUCUAUUUAAAUCAAUUUUAAACGAAGAUAUUUACAUCAUACCCCCUGGUCAAACUCAUGAAUCUAAAUCAAAUAAGAUUGGGCAAUUAUUAGAUAUUGAAUUAGAUGACGGUACGGUAAUACAUGAAUUUUAUCUCCAAAAUAGACAAAAAUUAGAAUCUGAGAUCCAUAUUGUAAUUAUUCAUGGUUACAUGGCUGCCCUUGGUUAUUUCAUAAAAAAUAUUGAGGAGUUGUUACUUCCUGGUGUUCAUUUACAUUUGAUUGAUUUGCCUGGAUUUGGUAAUUCAAUGAGACCCAAGUUCCCCAAAGAGUUCCUUGAUGAACCGGAGUCCACUCAGGAUAAAAUACGUCAAAUCUCAAAUAUUGAAAACUGGUUCAUUGACAGAAUUGAAAAUUGGAGAAUCAUAAGAAAACUAGAAAGAUUCAAAUUGAUAGCUCAUUCAAUGGGAGCAUAUCUAUCCUGCUGCUAUUUAAUGAAAUAUAACAAGGGUAAGGACAUAGUUAAAGAGUUUGUAAUAGUUAGUCCAAUGGGUACUGAAUCAAGUGAGUCUAGUUUAAUAACACAUCCAAAGUAUCAAAAUUUUCAUGAGAAGAUAGAUCCAUUUGAAGAAUUACAUUUCGAAGAAGAAGAAGAAGGAGAAGAUGUGUAUAUAAAUGAGGAACUCACAUACCUUUGGUCGUCAUUAGGUAAGCCCAAGUUUCCGAAAAAUUUAAUCUUGUCAAAAUUAUGGCAAUAUCAUAAAUCACCUUUUGAAAUCUUACAGAAAACGGGUCCCGUUUAUUCCAAAAUCUUAUCAUAUUGGUCAUUCCAACGUUUUAAGAAUUUUAGUGGUUCUGGAGAUACCAUAGAUUUAAUUUUAAAGUUGCAUGAUUAUUCAUAUUCUAUAUUUAAUCAAUUCCAAGGGUCUGGUGAACUAGCAAUCACCAAAUUAAUAUCUAGUGAAAUAUUAGCUAAAUUGCCGCUUGCUGAUCGUGGAUUCAUUGAUUAUAUUGUAAAUGAAGAAACUAAAGUGCUUUGGAUUUAUGGAGAGCAUGAUUGGAUGAAUUCGAAAGGUGGUGAAUAUAUCCAUAAGAAAAUAAAUGAAAGACUGAAAUUGUCUAGUUUUGAAAUCGUUGAAAAAGCUGGUCAUCAUAUUUAUUUAGAUAACUCAACUAAGUUCAAUCAAUUAAUUUUAAAUUUCUUCAAUUUAAAUAAUCAAAUGGAUUAA